AUGGCUCGCCGAAAAGCGGUGGCACAGAAGAAUCGGAAUGCCCCAUCAUGGGCGACAUCGCUUCGAUCUAAUGCUAACAUGGAGCUGAAGCGCAAAGUUAGGCUCGUCACCGAGCAGAAUGUCAUCGACAAGCCCUCCCCCGUCGAAGACUUCCCCAUGAGAAAAUGGUCGAUCGUAAUCUAUAUUGUUGGCGAGGAUGGUGAGGAGCACCCGGCCGAUUGCUUCCAGAAGGUUGUCUACAACCUCCACCCAUCGUUCGAAAACCCCACGCAAACAUUCACUAAGCCUCCCUUCCGAUGCGAGAACGAGGGAUGGGGUGAAUUCGACAUGACGAUCGAUUGCUACAUCACCGAGAAGUCGAAGCAGUCGCUCAGCCACGAUCUGAACUUUGCAAAGAACCGCUACGACGCCGAGCACACCGUCUCGUUCAAAAACCCUUCGCAGGCCUUGCAGCAGAUUCUGCGGGAGACUGGUCCUCUUCCGUCCGACGACGACCGUCUCAAGAAGAAGGGCGGUGCCGGCAAGAAGGGUGCCCAGAAGUACGACUACGAGAAGAUCGCGCAGGCUCUUGAGAAACUUGACGAGGACGACCUGCUCCGUGUCAUCCAAAUCAUCAAUGAUAACAAGACUGCGGACACAUACAUCAAGAGUGAUGUCGAUGGUGAGCUAACGCCUGCUUCCCCUGGUGUCGAUCUUCUGAGCGGUCAGUUUUCCUUGCGUUGGGAGGUGGAAGGGCCGGCUUGGUAUCAGCAACAAACGACGUGA